AUGCCUUUAACGCUGGACUCGAUACUCACACUCCCUCCCCCCCUCCAGACUGGCAUCUCGCCCAAGGUUGCGAAUGGGCUCGCGUUCGCCUUUGCGGCCUCUUACGUGGGCAGCCUGUACAUCGCCCCGCUCAUCCCAUGGGCCGGCCGCCCAUUGAAAGGCACCACGGCCGAGGACUCUGCGAGCCGCAUUCCCCUCGGACACCGCGACCACCCCACGACGAUGCGGAUGAGGAUGCGCGCUGUGAGCAUGGCCACGCGACUUAGCCUCGCGGGUGUGUUCUGGACCGUCAAGACCGUUGGCAACUAUGACGUCCGCGGCGCGCUCGUACCUACUCUCGACCUCCUCGGUUUGCGCUCGUCGGCCCUCCAGAUGCCUUUCGCCUAUCUCCUCGCGCCUACCCUCUUCCUCGGCCCUCUCGUUGCGUCAUGGUUCGAUGGAACGCUGCCGGGCCAGGCCAAGUUCGGCCCGUUUCACUGGGGCUUGGCUGAGCGGCGCAACUAUCUCGUGGGUCCGGUCACCGAGGAGCUCCUCUUCCGCUCAUGCAUCAUCGGCGUGUCCAUUCUCGGCGGCCUGCCCGCCUCCUGGCUCGUCUUCGGCACGCCCCUGUGGUUCGGCCUCGCGCACGCGCACCACGCGCUCCAGACAUACCGUGACGGCGGGAAGACGCACGAUGCCUUGUUGCGCGCCGGACUCGGGUGCAUGUUCCAGAUGUCGUACACGACGCUGUUUGGCUGGUUCGCGUCAUACCUCUACAUUCGCACAGGCUCUGUCCUCCCUCCCAUCGUCUCGCACGUCUUCUGCAACAUGAUGGGCAUCUAUGGCCCAGGCACGGCGUCGCGCCGUCACCCAAACCACAAGCUUGCCAUCUCGGUCGCGUACCUCGGGGGUAUCGCGGGCUUCAUCUGGGGCCUGACAAAAUUCUGA